GCCCACCUUGAACUAGAAAUACAUUGCACACCUUGAACUUCAAUCCUUCCACACCAUCAACAUUUGUUGCAAAAAUUUCGUUUUAAAUCUUUCAUUUGCUCAGCACAAAAAAUGGCAGGUGAUCAAGAUAUUUCAUUUUAUUUUGAUCUGUAUGAAGAUGACUACCAAGAAUUUAUUUCUAAAGUAAGGGAAGCGCUAAAAUACUCAACGUCCCAUAAUAUCCCAAUGUUGAUGCCACAAACACAGCCCCUGAGCUGGCUGGAUCUUCACCUAACUUCCGGUGAAGCCACCAUCAUCUUAAGAAUGGACAGGAGAAACUUAUACUUGCGCGGAUAUUCCAGAGACGGCGGCCAAACAUUCUGGGAGUUCUCAGAUUCUUCCCUGAUUCCCGGAUCCAGACACCUCACUUACAGUGGGAGCUACGCGAGCCGUACAGAUUCCGGCAGCACACUUGUGGGUGUUGCCGGAACUACUCGUAGGAAAAUAUAUUUGGGCAGCAGAAUUUGGUGGACGACAUUCGUAAUCUCGCAAGAACCGAAGACCCGACCACCGGCGGCGACGAUGUGUCUAGGUGCGCUAAAGCGCUGCUCCGCUUGAUUCAAAUGUUUCCUGAGUCGAUCAGGUUUCAGUCCAUCACCCGACACAUCGCCACAAAUUGGGCCAGCUCUGCUCAGCUACCCGAGGAACUCGUGUUGCUGCAGAACGGUUGGGGCACUCUGUCCAGCGCCGUCCAGCGGGCGGACGAGCCCUGUUGGACUCCGGCCACACCCCUACCCAAUAUCCCAUCCACAAAUAAUCCCAUAAACAUUUGGACGGUGGGUCAAGCUGCCGUUGCACUUGGGAUCAUGCUCUACAAGGGCCGCCAUGUCAACCUCAUGCUCCUUGCCAACGAACAACUCGCCACCGUCCCGGAAACCGUUGGCGGCGCAUCCUAUUUCCGUACAUUCCUCACUGUCAAUUAUGUACGUGUGUUGAACAUUGAUGGAGAGAAUCCCGGUGACCUUUACGGUACCGUAAAGGUCACUGACUUCUGGGGCGAACACACCGUGUAUGACAGGGCUUCCGGUGACACCGAAGAGGUAUAUCCACAAGGACUGAUAACGCUUACUGGUCCUUCAACUGCCAUUGAUGCUGACGAUUCCGUCACUAUUAGUGUGAGUUUAAAGGACCACGACACUUUGUCCCCGGACGAUGAGAUUGCGGAG